AUGGGUGUCCUGAGUCUGACAGUCUCCUGUCAGGAGAAGGGAAUCAAGAAGAUGAUGCAGUUCGAUCCGUCCACCCUGGUAUACGAUGCUAUUAAACUGAUUAGAGAAAAAUUCGGAAUGACGGACACGAAUGCACACGAAUACGGUCUAUUCCGUAUCGGAAACGAGCCAACAAAAUCGAUCUGGAUGGACAAUGGUAGAAGUUUCGAGCACUAUCUGGUCAGAAGCAAAGACGAAAUUGAAUAUAAGCGAAAGAUUCGACUUCUGAAAGUCAGAAUGUUGGAUGGAGCCGUUAAAACUAUCAGUGUCGAUGAGUCGCAACCAGUGUCCCAGUUGAUGAUGACAGUUUGUAACAAAAUUGGAAUUUCCAACUAUGAAGAGUAUUCACUGGUUCGGGAUGACAUUCUGAUGCAGAAUGGAAGAGAUGGAGGAGGUGGAGGAUCCACGUGGAAUUUGAAGAAUCAAGAAAACCGAGCUAGAAGUUCGGAUAGAGGCGGUGGAGUUUAUGGAACAAUGAGAAGAAAAGAUGAGGCUAAGAUGGAGGAACUUAGAAAGAAACUUCAUACUGAUGAGGAACUCCCAUGGUUGGACCAUCAGAAGACGUUGAGAGAGCAGGCGAUUUCGGAGGAAGAGACACUUGUCCUCAGACGCAAAUACUUCUUCUCGGAUUCCAAUGUAGACAGCCGGGAUCCAGUCCAAUUGAAUCUUCUCUAUGUCCAAUGUCGUGAUGGUAUCCUUCGAGGACUUCAUCCAGUCGAAAAAGAGAAGGCAUUAGAGUUGGGAGCACUUCAGUCUCACAUUCAAUAUGGUGAUUUUCCACAUGAUAAACCAAAGUUCCAUUUGGAUGGGCGAGAUGUGCUGCCGAAGGAGUAUGCCAAGAAUAAGGAUAAUGAGAAGAAGGUGGUGGCGAUGUACAAAGAACUUUCUGGAACGUCCGAGUUGGAUGCGAAGAGCAAGUAUGUGCACUUGUGUAGAGGAUUGAAGACCUAUGGAGUCACAUUCUUUGUUGUCAAGGAGAAGCUUCCAGGAAAGAAUAAGUUGGUGCCGAGACUUUUGGGUGUCAACAAAGAAAGCGUAAUGAGAGUCGACGAGAAAACCAAAGAAAUCCUCAAGGAAUGGCCAUUGGAACAAGUCCGUCGUUGGGUUCCAUCUCCAAAAUGUUUUACACUGGAUUUUGGAGACUAUCAAGAUGGAUACUACUCCGUACAGACCACCGACGGAGAAAAGAUUGCUCAACUGAUUCAAGGAUACGUGGAUAUCAUCCUCAAGAAGAAGAGAACUCAGGAUCAUCAAGGAAUCGAAGGAGACGAGGGAUCUACAAUGUUGGAGGAUAUGGUUGCACCGGCCAAGGCUACCCUUGUGGCACAUGGACAAAUUGGAAAUGGACAGCAUGCUCAGGAUGGUCUCGUUGCUGUUCGCGGUGUGCUCAGAACGCCACAAGGUGGACAGGGUUACGGUAUCAAUGGAGCACAGUAUGGAGCAGUUAGUGGAGAGAUCACAUCUCAGGAGUUGGCUAGAUUUUUUUGGUUCCCCAUUUUUGAAGAUUUAGGUUCCAAUGAUUUUCAAAUUCGCUCUAUUGAUAAUAAUGAUUUCCAGGCUCAACGCCUUCGCUAUCAAGACAUGUAUCAACAUCCACAACGCGCUCUAAUCGGAACCAUCGAGGCCACUAUCCGAACUGUCGAGCAGGCUGAAGAAGAGCUCGAGGCGGAGCCACAAAUCGAUAUUCCAAGAUUCAACGAUGACCUCUCAGCCAACAGAUGGAUGGAGGAGCAGAAGGCGGUUAAUAAGGAGAAUGUGAAUGAGAGAUUGGCCGCAAUGGGAGCCGCAACAGCUCAAGUUGUUCAAUGGACGGCGGUCGAGGAAUACGACGACCGUGUGGGUUCGGCCAUCGCCACAAUUGGCUCCAACCUUCCAGACGUUUCUCGAAAUGUCAGAGAUCUUGGAGCGUUCAUGGAACGAGAAGAGCGUGGAGACUUGGUGCAGGCCACUAAGUUGCUCUGUGGAGCUUUCGGAGACUUCUUGACAGCGGUGAACCCAGAACAGAAUGAGCGUCGAAACAAGGUGUUCACAGCGGCCGGAAGAGUUGGAGAGUUCUCACAGCAAGUGAUCAAUUCGAUGGAUCCACCAAGUCAACAUCAACAACAGUAUGAUGAUUAUUUGGUGCAAAGGGCCAAGCAUGUCGCCACAUCGACAGCGCAAUUGGUUUUGUGCGCCAAGACAAUCUCUGCCGACUGCGAAGAGCCACAAGUCCAAGAGCGUGUCAUCCAGUCAGCAACAAAAUGUGCAUUCGCCACAUCCCAACUCGUCGCCUGCGCCAGAGUCGUUGCCCCAACCAUCGACAACAACGCCUGCCAGCAACAACUCACCACAGCUGCCACAGAAGUCUCUCAAUCCGUCAACAACCUUCUUCACGACGCCGAACACGCCGUCUAUCAACAAUCGAGCCUUACCGAUAUCCACGAGGCCGCCCGUCAAGUCACAAGCGCUUUGGAUAGUCUUUUGGAGCACGCCAAGUGCUCACCAAAGACGAUGACAACUAGAAGAAAGGAGGAAGAGAUGUAUAAUGAAGUUUUGAGAAGAACCAAUCGAAUGGUUGUUCAUCAGGGACCUAGUGAGGAUCUUACUAGAGAAGCUCGUAAGGUUGUCCGACACAGUCAACUGCUCACUGAGCAAUUCCAACACGAAGCUCAUCAGAGACCAGAGCAUCGUGACCGUCUUCUCGAUGCUGCUGCCAAGGUUGCUCAUGCCACAUCUGAAAUGAUUUUGGCCACUGAGCAAGCUGAAUCCCAGCCACGCCAUGUGGAAACUGAAUAUGCUCUGAGAACGGCUGCUGAGAAUCUGGGAAAAGUGACCAAUGAAACGACAAAAGAGCAACAGGAGCAACAUAUCAUGCAGCGAUUGGAGCAGGCUGCUAAGCAGACCGCCUAUGAUGCUACGCAGACGAUAUCCGCAGCUAAUUCGACCAAGUCAGUGUACACGAGAGGGGUGUGGGCGGAGCCUCCGAUUCUCCAUGGAGCAUUUUUGCAGAAGAAGCAGCAAGAGCACAAACGUACAGAGACCACUGAACAGCUUCUAGUCGAUGAUUCACACACUAUCUUACGUAUUCGUUAA